GUACGCGACCGUUGUGCGCCCUCGUCUUGUCGGAUGCCUCGGCUUUGCUUUAAAUCCGGUGAAUAGCUGUAGUGGACGGGAAGGUAUCGCCUUCAUCUAGCAGCCAUGCCUCCCGCCGGUGGAGGAAACAUUAAGGUGGUGGUGAGGGUUCGGCCCUUCAACAGCAGAGAAAUUGACCGUGGGUCAAAAUGUAUCGUUGAAAUGAAGGACAACCAAACUGUCCUGACACCACCCGAUGCCGCUCAUAAUGCUAAAGGAAACAAGGACACCUCAGUGAAGACUUUCGCCUUCGAUAGAUCAUACUGGUCUUUCAACAAGAAUGACCCGAGCUACGCUGGUCAAUCAAAUCUGCAUAACGAUCUUGGAAAACCUCUCUUGGACAAUGCAUUCCAAGGCUACAACAACUGUAUCUUUGCUUAUGGUCAAACGGGUUCUGGUAAAUCAUAUUCCAUGAUGGGAUAUGGAAAAGAUGCCGGUAUAAUACCUAGUAUUUGCCAAGACAUGUUUGGGAGAAUCGAAGAUUUGCAGAAAGAUAAAACGACAAGAUGUACCGUUGAAGUGUCGUAUCUCGAAAUUUACAAUGAGAGAGUACGAGAUCUGCUAAACCCAUCCACCAAGGGUAACCUGAAAGUUCGAGAACAUCCAUCAACCGGUCCGUACGUGGAGGAUCUCGCCAAGUUGGUGGUCAGUAGUUUCCAGGAAAUCGAGAAUUUGAUGGACGAAGGUAACAAGGCAAGAACGGUUGCUGCAACAAACAUGAACGAAACGUCCAGUCGAAGUCACGCCGUGUUCACGCUCAUGCUUACUCAAAAGAAGUAUGACGCGGAGACGAAAAUGGAGAUGGAAAAGCAGGCAAAGAUUAGUCUGGUCGAUUUGGCCGGUUCGGAACGAGCAACGUCGACUGGAGCUACUGGUGCUCGACUGAAGGAAGGUGCUGAGAUCAACAGGUCCCUCUCGACGCUUGGUCGUGUGAUAGCAGCAUUAGCCGACCUGUCUACCGGGAAAAAGAAGAAAGGGGAUAAGAAAGGUGGGACAGUCCCGUAUCGAGACAGUGUUCUUACCUGGCUUUUGAAGGACUCGCUUGGUGGAAACAGUAUGACUGCUAUGAUAGCAGCCAUCAGUCCGGCUGAUAUUAAUUACGACGAAACUCUCAGUACUCUACGAUAUGCCGACUCUGCUAAGCGAAUUAAGAACCACGCCGUCGUCAACGAGGAUGCAAAUGCUCGUAUGAUUAGGGAAUUGAAAGAAGAGUUAUCACUAUUACGGAGCAAGCUGGGAGGUGGCGCAACUGGUGGCGCCGGUGGUCCUGCAGUUCCGCCCGAGGAAGUCUAUGCCGAAGGGACGCCUCUAGAAAAGCAGAUUGUUAGCAUAACACAAUCAGAUGGCUCUGUCAAGAAGGUAUCGAAGGCAGAAAUCGCCGAGCAGCUGAAUCAAAGCGAAAAAUUGCUGACCGAUCUCAACCAAACAUGGGAAGAGAAACUUCAAAAGACAGAAGAAAUCCAUAAGGAGCGUGAAGCCGCCCUCGAGGAGCUAGGUAUUAGUAUUGAAAAGGGAUUUGUAGGCUUACAUACCCCAAAGAAGAUGCCCCAUUUGGUCAACUUGUCCGACGAUCCCCUUCUAGCAGAAUGUUUGGUCUACAACCUCAAGCCGGGUAAAACUACAGUGGGAAAUGUAGAUUCGAAUUCUGAACACCAGGCAAAUAUCCGUCUUAACGGCACCCGAAUUCUCCACGAGCAUUGUUCUUUUGAUAAUGCUUCGGAUGGUACCGUCACGAUAACCCCAAGCGAGGGAGCGUCUAUUAUGGUCAACGGAAAACGCGUUGCUGAAACAACUAGAUUGCAUUCCGGUUAUCGAGUUAUUUUAGGCGAUUUUCACAUAUUUAGAUUCAACCAUCCGAUGGAAGCCCGGGCAGAGAGGGACGAGACUCGACAGAGUUUGCUUCGACAGUCGGUAACGGCAAGUCAACUGGCGGCCUUUGAUCUCACGUCGCCCACCUUGCGCCCAAGCCACGAAAGGUCUGUUAGCAAAGCAGGCUCUGAAUUUGGUGACAGUCGCCCCGAUUCUCCAGCGCCAUCUCGAAAUGGACGGGAUUCGGAUUGGUCAUUUGCGCGUCGUGAAGCUGCGGGCGCUAUUCUAGGAACUGACAAAAACCUUCAAAGCUUAACUGACGAGGAGCUCAAUAUGUUGUUUGAAGAUGUCCAGCGCGCACGGGCCGAGCGAGUCAACGAUCGCGACGAAGAUUUGGAUUCAAAUACGUCUUAUCCUAUAAGAGAGAAAUAUAUGUCAACCGGAACAAUCGACAACCUCUCGCUUGAUACCGCGCUCACGAUGCCGUCUACUCCAAAAGCUGGUGAUGGGGAUGAUCGGCUGAAAGAAAUGCGAGACAGUAUGCAGAACCAAUUGGAGAAGCGGAAGGAAGAAUACCAAGGACAACUUAAGAGCGCUGAGGAAGCUAAUGUUGAGGUAGAGGAGAUUAAGAAAGAAAAGGCCAGAAUGGAAGAGACUUUGACACAGAUAAAAGCUGACAUGCAGAAACAAUUGGAAGUCCAGAAACAAGAAUUUGAAGCUAAGAUCGAAAAGUUAGACCCUCUUAAGAGGCCUAAGGCGAAACCGAAACUAUCCGACGAGGAAAUCGAGAGCGCUAAAAAGGUCAUUGCACACUGGAGGGGCCGACACUACGUCCAGAUGGCCGAAGCCGUCUUGCAGCAUGCCGCUACCCUCAAGGAGGCGCAAAUUAUGAGUGAAGAACUUGGAGAGAAUGUUGUCUUCCAGUUUACUGUGGUGGAUUUUGGCCAUUCGCGUUGUUCCUCUUACGAUAUGGUAUUGAACGAUGUGCCUGGUGAAGGUGAAGAUAUUUUCCUCGAUGAAGCGCAAAAGCCAUGCGUAGGAAUCCGUGUUGUCGACUACAAGCACAACGUUAUUCAUCUCUGGAGUAUAGAAAAGCUUCAUGAUCGUGUGCGACAAAUGCGACAAAUGCAUCAAUACCUUGACCAGCCGGAGUAUUCUCAACAUUUCAAAUUAGACAACCCAUUCGUCGAAACCUGCAUGCCCGAGUAUUCUCUCGUCGGCGAGGUUGAUGUCCCUCUCCGAGCUGUUUUUGAUAGCCGAGUUCAGGAUUUCACACUGGACGUCCUAUCGCCUCAUACUUCUCACGCCAUUGGAAUUAUCAAAGUCUCCCUAGAACCAUCUAGCGCCCGAGCGCCCUCGAGCACCUUGAAGUACAAUGUUGUUAUGCACGACAUGGUUGGCUUCGCUGAGCGGGAGGGAACCGAUGUGCAUGCGCAAUUAUUUAUUCCUUGCGUCUCUGAGAGUGUUACUACGACUCAGAUGAUCAAAGAUUUUGAUGAGGGGCCAAUCCGAUUCGACAGCGUUCAUAGCAUGAGUGUUCCAUUAUUUGGUCCACAGGAUGUUAAUCUUAGAAUUGCUAUAUUCGCUAAAGUUUCUGCUAUGCAUCUCGACAAGUUGCUAAGUUGGGAUGAGAUGCGCGAUUCAACACCGAACGCCGAUCAAAAACCUCAAGGCGCGCGGAUAAACGAAUCUCAAUUCUACACCGAAGAGAAGCACGACAUGUUAGCCCGCGUCCAGAUUCUCGAACUUAAUGAGAAUGGAGAAUAUGUUCCCGUGGAAGUAACACAAACGAGCGAGUUGGAUACCGGUACUUUUCAAUUACACCAAGGACUCCAGAGGCGCGUAGCGAUCAAUCUUACGCACAGUUCAGGAGAUGCCUUACCGUGGGAAGACAUCAGCUCCGUUAAAAUCGGUAGAAUUCAGCUCGUUGACCAUGCCGGUAAAAAUCCCGACCUGGGGUCACCGGCGCCUGAUAUUCCUCUAAGACUAAGCGCAAGCCCAUCUCUUCGCCAAAACGCAAACGGUACUCGAGGCAUGACUAUUACAGGGCAGUGGGACUCUAGUUUACACAAUUCACUAUUACUAGAUCGAACGACAGCAGACAAAUACAAGGUUCAGAUGACCCUAUCCUGGGCUAUAGCUGCUGAUAACCUUGCCGAACCGAUGAAAUUCUCAGCAGACGUCUACUGCCAGAUUUUAGGAAGGACAUUCGUCCGUCAGACAUCAAUGCUUUCAUCCCUGUUCCAGCACGUCCGGAUCGUACAUUCUUCCACAGCUAUCUUUACUGUGAAAUUGCGGCCUGCGCCGAUUAAGCGGGUUGGCGACCUGUGGAGGAUGAACAGCCAGCAUGACUACGUUAAAGGAGAAGAAAAUCUUAGCAACUGGGGUCCGAGGGGAGUGUCUCUAAUAGCUGAUUACAUCGUAGCACAAAGGAAAAAGAGGCGAAUCACUGAAAUUGCGGCUGCCCAACUCUUUCUUAAGAAAAUUGGUUUGCCUGAGCCAAAGAACAACCCCAUAGAAGAAGAGCCCUCUGAUGACGAUCUAUCGCCGGGGCUCAAGCCUCACGAUUCCGAUCAGGAUUCAAUUAACGCGCUUCUCAAUGAUACCCCCGAGACAUCCCGCCCCUCAACACCGAAGCAGUCGGAAUCGGUCGAAGGUGAACAGAGCGAAGAACUGACAGAGCAACUCGAAGAACCCACCGAGCAGACUCCUGUGCAACAUCGAGAACCGGAGUUUGGUGAACAUGAAGCUUUAAUCCUUAACAAAUGCUUAAAACUCUGGACACGAUAUCCGGACCCCGCGACUCGUAUUCUCGGUCCAGCAAAUACAACACCCCCAUCAGAUGGUGCUGCGCCGGAGCCAACGACGCCACCUAGAUUAACCACCACUAUCAUCCGGGUUCCUAAAAACCCAAAUGUACUGAAAGGAGGCUACCUCUUGGUACCCAAUAACGACUACAGCAAAUGGGUCAAGAGAUUCGUAGAGCUUCGGCGGCCUUAUCUACAUCUUCAUAACGUCAACGAUGGCGAUGAAGUGGCUAUCGUUAGCCUUCGCAAUUCCAGGGUUGACAGCCAACCAGAGAUUUUGGCGUUAUUUAAUGGUCACGAUGAUGAUCCUGAUGACCUAUUUCCAAUGAAUGGCAACCCGAACGGAAGCUUUCAAUCUGGCCAUAGUCGAACAUUUUCUAGUCAAACUGAUUCGACCAUUCGGUCUGGCGGCUCAAACCCUAGGUCUUCGGGUCCUAGUCUCGGCGGCUUGAGCGAACGUCUGCAGGCAGGCGUAUUUGCUGUUUACGGAACAGACAACACGUGGCUAUUUGCGGCUCGCAACGAGCGGGAGAAGAUGGAUUGGAUCUUCCGCAUCGACCAAAGCUACUUCUCCGGUACCGCCAGCGUCAGUGGUAGCGGCGCGGUGAGCCCGAUGCCGAGGAGCAAUGCCUUCGACGCCGAUUAAGAUAUCCUACCAUACAAAUCAAAGCAGCCAGCCAGACUGGCCUCUAUUGGAUGCUACGAAAUCACGACUGUCUUCGGUUAUCAUAAUGGAAGCAUAUACCGGUUGGGAAUAGUUGAA